AUGGUUCUAGCUCUACUCUAUAUUGGUUUCACUGAAGCCGGCAGACGCAAACUACCGUAUGACGGAAGAGACCCAAAGGUUGAUGUCUUUCAGCAACUGAAGGCCAUAAAGGGCAACCACGAAGGCACCGUAAUCGAAACGGUGCAAAAGGUACCGAGGUAA